AUGCCGAGCUGGAUCUCACCUGCAGCGCCGCCCGAGACGCCGACUGUGUCAGCCGAGCCCAGCAUCUUGGCCGAGUACCUCUUAUUCCCCUUUUACGACUACGUCGUGCAGUUUUACCCACAGUCGUGGAUGCCCAACAAGGUCACCUUGGUCGGCAUCUUUUCUACUGUCUUCUCUUCCGUGCUGCUUCUCGGCUCUAUGCCAGCGGGGCUACAGUUUCAGCCCGGCAGGAUGGAGCUGCUGCCCUCCUCCCUCGUCAAGGACCCUGCGAUACCAAAAGUGCCGCCGCUGGCGCUGACGGAGAUGACGCCUAUCCUGCCAUUCAUGUCGCCUUCUCUUAUGCUCGUCCUCUGUGGGUCGCUGAACCUGAUCUACUGCGUCGCUGACAACACCGACGGCCGCCUCGCCCGGCGCGACAAGAAGACGAGUGCUAUUGGCGAGUACCUCGAUCAUGGGCUUGACUGCGUGACGUCGCUCCUGUCGACGUGCUGCGUCUUCUUGCUGCUUGCGUCGCUCUGCAACAUGGCCAUCUCUGUUUGCCUCUUGGCCUUCGUCACUGUGCUCUCUCACACGCUGCACUUUGAGGCAAACAUCUUUAUCUGGGGCAAUCGCAUCGCCACCGUCGAUGAAGCGAUGCUCUUCUUCGGUUUAAGCAUGUGGUGGCCGCUCGUCUGUCCGGGGGUGUCCACCACCAGAGUACCAGAGUGGAUCAUAGAGGGCAUAUUUGGCUCGAACAGCAGUUGGGCCACUUACCUGCGUCCGCUGCGCAUGGUUGAGCUUGUCUACAUCUUCUACAGUAUAGCGCAGGCGCAGACAAUCUUCCGCAUGGUGAGCUGGCGCUGGCGCAUCUUAUGCCGCAUCCAUGUGAUCUUCAGCGUACUGAACAGCCUUGUGUUUCUCAUGCUGAUGGGCGUGCACAACGAGUACGUUGCCGCUGCCGCGCCUCUCACGUCGGUGCCUGGGUACACCCUGGGUCCCUUCACGUACCCCGCUGUAUGGAGCAUCACAGUUGCCUGCACCUCGAGCACGAUCAUUCACAUUCCCAUCAUAGCACGCUGCGCUCGCCUGCCCGUCACUGAUCCGCUGCCGCUGGCGGGUAUCAUGCUAGUGUGGCUUAUCUUCAUUUCCUGUCCAGUUGCUGGCGCCAUUCUCGCCGUGGUCCUCCACGUCGGGCAGAUGCUGCUUAAUGUGGAUUUCAUCAAGAAGCACACGCAGAACAAUAAUGCAGAGUAA